AUGAGAAAAAAGAAGAAGGCGAGAGUGAUAAACGCGCACGUGCGCUUGCGCCAACGCGAAACGAACAAAUUGAACAACACGAAUCAGGUUUACGCGCAAAUCCCGAUUCGAUUGCAAGCGCCCAUCGAACGGAUCGUCGACCGAGAGAGAAAGCUUUUAAAAGUCGUCGUGCUCGGUUUUACCGCGAACGGGAACCAUCUCGUCGCGCACGACUCUCGAGGAGGCCCGAGUGGGUUGGACCACUCGAUACAGUUUUGGACGUUUGACGUGCACGGAAAACGAGCGUCGAAGUUGGUGAGAGAAGUUCCCGUCUUGCGCGAACGGGAUGGAAGUUCCAUGCAAGAGGUGAAGAACGCGCGAGCGGUGGCGGUGUCGUUCGCGCAAAGUCCGUGCGAAGAGGUGUUCUUUUGCAACUUUCAACUGCUGAGGAAAAGAGAAGAUAGCGGGGAAGAGACGAGACCAGAGCAGAGCGCGUAUUUUUGCUUCUUUCCGAACCCGAUGAGGAUGAGAAACGAGUCAAACGAGAUCGACGUAGACGACGCGUUUCCGAGAAAGAUUUUCGAAGAGGACGUCUCGAUGACGGCAGAAGCGGCGAGGGUGUUGGUGAAAGGAGAGCAGUACGUGUCGAGCGCGAUCGUUCCGUACGGAGGCUCGAUUUGGAGCGGGAUGGUGAGAGGCGAAUCUUCGCCGGCGUCAAAGUCGAUUCCCGGGAGAUAUUCAAUGUUUUUAAAUCUCGGCGACGGAGUUUUAGAGGCGAUAUACCAGCCGUUGGCGAAUCUGAAGAGACCAGAUCGAGCGUCGAGCGAUUUGUUUGUGACAAAAUUUGACGCGAGAAGAGACGUGUUCAACGUCGCCGCGAAUAAGUUCGAGAUGCUCAGCGAGAUUGAAAACGCGAGGUUUCAAUGCAGAGAUUACGAGUUGAUGCCGCUGAAAACAGUCGGUAAAACGUUAGCGGCGAGAAUGCAUUGCGUCAUGGAAAAUGUACAGACGAUGAAGACGCGGAUGAUUGUGAUUACGUUUGCGAUUGAAGCAUCCUCUCCCCACGGCUUUAACUUACCGGGCGUGGACAUUGUAGACGUCUCCGAAACGAACGUACCUUUGUCGAUGCCUGCGACGAUGAGUGGAAAACAAGGAAGCGUGCAAUCCGUCCGGGAACGUUUGCGAACCUAUAAACUCCUUUUGGACGCCGCGCAAAGCGAGGCCAUCGAACUGAGAAAAUCGAGCGGUUUGAGCAGAAUGAAGUGCAAUCGAAGGUAUCGCAACUCAUCAGAAGGCGAUAACGCGAAUUUAGUGUACAAAAAAUCAUCUCUGAACCUCAUCGUACACGAUACGUUACCGUUGUGUCUCGUCGGCUACGGGGUUGUCUUUUCCGAGAGGAAGAAUUUAAUGCCGAAUAGAAAUCAGAGGAUGUAUCCUCAGCCGUAA